UUAAUGACCCCCCAAUCAUGGUCACCAAAUCAUCCUUAAGGACCACUAAGCUCACUAUUGAUUCUUUAAAUAUCUAGUCUCUAAUGAUAAUUUUUGGAACCCGGCAUUAAUACCUAUACUAGUUAAUCAAAGACACCGAGUGAUCAAUAUUUGGUUGGCACUAUUGGCAAAUGUUCCUUUUAGUUUUUGUAUAACACAAAAAAAAAUUUUUAAAGAACAUGUCUAGAUGCAAAUCUAAAGGCUUAAAAUAAAAUAAACUAAUAACUUAUUUAGUUACUAAUUAUACAAUUAUAUGCGGGGAACCCCAGAUAUAUAUGAAUGAAAAGUUAAUUAAUUUAUUGCAGAUGCAUUGAUAAUUUACGUCUGCAAUAAUAAAUUUAGGGUAGAUUUUAAUGUACUAAAAAACUUAAAUAUACGUAUGCAGCUAUUCUCUAUAAAAAUAUGCCCAAUAUAAUAAUAUACAUUAAAUCUGUUAAAACCAUAAAACAUUUUUGCACUUGAUAUGCACCACUAGUACUACUGUAUACACAGUAUAUUUUAUUUUGUUUUGUAUUCAUGCAAACUGCUUCACUAUUAUAUGAGAUUUUUCGUUCUAAUAUAGUAAUAUCAAACGGGUUACUGGUAGCCGGUAGGCGGUAGGUAUCUAAAUGUAACGUCUACUAUUAUACUAUUUAGCUAUAGUGUUUUCUAGUUCUCUAAUCAGUCUUCUGAAUCGAUGGGUCGGUCGUGAAAAAAAGUAGAUAAUAUGUUAUAGUAAACGAUACAAAUUAAAAAAUUAAAUAAAAAUCUAGAUUAUUAAUCAUUUGUCUACGGUUUCAAUAAUUCUCUAUUGUUCCGGAAGGCUUUCUCCGUUGAUUCGUUACUAUUCAACAACCGUCCCUAAUCAGCCUAACCGUAGCCUCAUCCAACUCGACCUUAGUACCUUACGAACUACGAAGGAAGAAGUUGAAACAUUAUAUUCUUAACUAUUUACUGGUUAAUAUGUGCGAGUGAGUGCAGAGCGUAUGAGUGUGUGUGCAUUUGUUGUGCCACGUGAUGCGGUGGACGUACAUUGACAUUGUAAUGGUAUAUUGACUGUUGCCGAUGAGUGUCGACUAGACUAUAAAUUAGUUUUUGAUACAACCGACGACAUCAUUACCGAGAGGACUGUCAGUGGAAACACAAUCAAAUUAUAUAAUACACGCUAUUAUACACUGAACCGCCGAAUAUUAUUUCAAACACAUCUAGAUAUAAUAAUUACCUACUAUGAUGCUGCAUGGAACGUUUUCAUUUUUAAUAUUGACGAUUUUGAGCUCGACAUCGACCCUAGAUUGUGCUAAAGUCGUCUGCUACUUCAGCAAUUGGGCUAUUUAUCGACCGGGAAUUGGAAAAUAUACCAUAGACGAUAUACCGAUCAAUGAUUGCACCCAUGUUAUUUAUUCUUUUGUCGGGGUAGACAACACGACUUGGAGCAUAAGUGUUCUCGAUCCUGAAAUCGAUGUAGAUAGAAAUGGUUUCAAGAAUUUCACAGAUCUUCGAGCAAUGAACCCAGACAUUAAGUUUAUGGUAGCUCUUGGUGGUUGGGCAGAGGGAGGCAAGAAAUAUUCUACAUUAGUGUCUUCUUCAGAGAAAAGAGCAACAUUCAUCAAAAGUGUAGUUGAAUUUCUUAAGAAGUACAAGUUUGAUGGCUUAGACCUCGAUUGGGAAUAUCCCGGCGCAGUUGACCGUGAAGGAGCUUAUUUAGAUCGCAAUAAUUUUUAUUAUUUUGUACAAGAACUAAGAGCUGAAUUUCAAAAUCAAAAUACUUCAUGGCAAUUAACUAUGGCAGUGCCAUUAGCAAAAUUCCGAUUGAUGGAAGGUUAUUACGUUCCGGGUCUAUGCCGUUUAACCGAUGCUGUUCACGUAAUGGCUUACGAUUUACGAGGAAAUUGGGCUGGGUUUGCGGAUGUCCACAGUCCAUUGUUUAAAAGACCUUCUGAUCAGUACGCAUAUGAAAAACUAAAUGUUGCCGAUGGAAUGCAAUUGUGGGUGGAUCUUGGUUGUCCACCAAAUAAAUUAGUUAUGGGUGUGCCGUUCUACGGCCGAUCGUUUACAUUGAGUGCUAGUAAUAAAAAUUACAAUAUUGGCACGUACAUCAAUAAAGAAGCAGGAGGUGGCGAAGCUGGAAAAUACACUCAAGCUGUCGGAUUUUUGGCUUAUUAUGAGAUAUGUGAAUACUUACAAGAGGAAGACAGUGGUUGGACUCAAAUGUGGGAUCCAAUUGGCAUGUGCCCGUAUACAUAUAAAGGUACACAGUGGAUUGGUUAUGAUAAUGUCACAAGUUUAUCAUUAAAGAUGGAACAUAUCAAAAACAAAGGCUACGGUGGUGCAAUGACUUGGGCUGUAGAUAUGGACGAUUUUAAUGGCAUUUGUGGUCCCAAAAAUCCUCUCAUUCGAGUUUUGCGAGAUGCUAUGGAAACAUACACCCCUCCAGUUGUACAGCUAACUACUACUCCUACGCCCGAGUGGUUAGUGCCUCCAGAAAUAACUACUCAAAAUAAGAAAUACAGCACCAUGCAAGUCCCUACUGACCCUACAUCUGUAUCAGUUGAGGAACCUACAACUGUAUCAGUUAAAGAACCUGCAACUGUAACAGUUAAAGAAACUAAUAAAGUUGUAAAAACGUAUGGUCACAAAACAACAGGAUGCAAACAAGGAGAGUAUUCGCCUAGUAAUUACUGUCAUAAAUAUUUCAUGUGUGAUCAUGGGAAAUUGAUGCCUUUCCUUUGUCAACCCGGCACUGUUUGGAAUCAAGAGGAAUUGGUGUGCGAUUGGCCUUCCCGAGCUGCCGAGUCAGAUUGUAUAAAAGUUUAACUUAUAAAAUAUAACAUUCGGAAAUAGAAUUACAAGAAAAUUAUAUGUUAACAAAAAUGUAACAAUAGUAAAUUUGCAUUAAAAGGAAGUUACAUUGUCCGCA